UCAAUAAUUCUCACAGAGAAAAGCAUCACACUCUUUCUCUCUCCUUUCUUAUAUUCUGACCUGAUCAUAUUACGCAACACUCUGAAUUUAGAAUUUGAGUUCAAUUUAUGGGCGAUUAUUUUCUAACUGUUGACGAUUCUCCAGAAAAUGAAAUGGGGAUCACUUCAACUCCUCAGAAAACAAACCCCAGAGUUAUUGCUAGAAAGUAUCAGUUAGAAUUGGCAAAAAAAGCUUUGGAAGAAAAUGUCAUUGUGGUUCUAGAGACUGGUUGUGGGAAGACCCUUAUUGCUAUACUCUUAAUGUGUGAUAUGGCUCACAUUAUUAAGAAGCCUCAAAACAAUGUCUGUGUUUUCUUGGCCCCUACUGUAGUAUUAGUUCAUCAGCAAGCUAAGGUCAUCGAACAAUUCACUGAUUUCAAGGUUGGAACCUACUGUGGUGAUGAUGCCAAACAUUUGAAGACUCAUAUUGGCUGGGAAAGAGAGCUUAAGCAGUACGAGGUUCUUGUCAUGACUCCACAAGUGUUGCUACGUAAUUUAUGCCAUUGCUUCAUCAGGAUGGAGGCAAUUGCUCUCUUAAUAUUUGACGAGUGUCAUUAUGCCCAACUUGAGAGUAAUCAUCCUUACGCAGAGAUCAUGAAGGUUUUUUAUGAUAUGAAAGUUGCUAAAAUUCCACGUAUCUUUGGCAUGACUGCAUCUCCCAUUUGUGGGAAAGGUGCUUCUAUCAAUAGUCUUCAAGCUUUACUUCACGCUAAGGUUUUUACUGUUAACGACAAGAGUGAACUGGAAACAGUUGUUGUAUCUCCUGUGGUUGAAGUGUAUCACUAUAGCUCAAACGAAAAUAUGUCGAGCUCUCACAAGAAGUGUUUGGAUAAACUGGAUGAGAUUAAACGCCAGUGUACAUCUAUGCUUUGCAGGACUGAAGAUGAUCUCGCUAGAGUGCAGAACAACAAAAAGCUUCUGCAAAAACUGCAUAACAAUAUGGUGUUUUCUUUAACCAGCCUUGGCCUUUGGGGAGCAUUGCAAGCAUGUCACAUCCUUCUGAAUGGCGGUGGCUGCGAGAGAAAUGAGCUGAUAGAUGCAAAAGGAAACUCCAGUGAUGACUUCUUACAAAAUGAGUAUCUUGCUCAGACUGUAUCUCUAUUAGACACGGAAUGUAUGGGAGAUGUCUCUGAAGGAACACCUGAUAUGUUGUGUAACAAGCUUCUAAAGGAGCCAUUUUUCUCGCAAAAAGUUUUGCGUCUUGUCGGAAUUCUGUCAAACUUCAGGUCAAGGCCAGAUAUGAAAUGUAUAAUUUUUGUGAAUAGGAUUGUUAUUGCCAGAGCUUUGGCAUAUAUCCUUGGACAAAUUAAGAUUUUAUCUGCUUGGAAGUGCGAUUACCUGGUUGGAGUCCACUCAAAGCGUAUGUCCAGAAAUACCAUGCAUAGUAUUUUGGAAGAAUUCCGGUCUGGAAAGCUGAAUCUGUUGGUUGCUACUAAAGUUGGUGAAGAAGGACUUGAUAUACAGACAUGCUGUCUUGUAAUACGUUUUGAUCUUCCUGAAACUCUUGCAAGCUUUAUACAGUCCAGAGGCCGUGCCCGAAUGCCACAAUCGGAAUAUGUUUUUUUGGUUGACAGUGGAAGCGAGAAAGAGAUGAAUCUGAUGGACAGUUUCAGAAAAGAUGAAGAUCUCAUGAACUUGAAUAUUAGAGACAGAAUACCAAAUGGAGUUAUUGCCUAUAUCAAAGAAGAAGUUUAUUCAGUGGGUUCAACUGGUGCUACCAUUAGUACUCAGACUAGCAUUUCAUUGCUCUACCAUUAUUGCUCUAAACUGCCACAUGAUGAGUAUUUUACCCCUAUGCCGGAUUUCUAUAAUGUUGAUGAUACAGAAGGAAUCAUAUGCCACAUUAUUCUUCCUUCUAAUGCUCCUAUUCAUCACAUAGUUAGUGCACCACAAUCUUCAAAAGAAGCAGCAAAGAAAGAUGCUUGUCUUAGAGCAUGCGAAGAAUUACAUCAAGUUGGUGCCUUAACAGAAUAUCUCUUGCCAGAACAAGAUGAUAUGAGGGAAAACCUUGAUGCUCCUGAUUCUGAGAGUGCUGAAGACGAAGAUUCACCCUUUGAGCUGCAUGAGAUGGUAGUUCCUGCUGCAUUGAAGGAACCUUGGUCUGAUGUGGACAACCUUGUAUGUCUCAACUCCUACUUUAUUAGGUUUAAACCUAAACCGUGUGAUAGACAAUAUAAAGAUUUUGGCCUUUUUGUAAAAUCACCUCUGCCUUGUGAGGCCGAGGGAAUGAAGAUUGAUCUUCACCUCGCUCAUGGUAGAUCUGUGCUGACUGGCCUGGUUCCUUCUGGAGUUGCUGAAUUUAGCAAUGAAGAGAUGCUGCUGGCUCAAAGUUUUCAGGAAAUGUGCCUUAAGAUCAUUCUUGAUCGGUCAGAAUUCAUGUGUGGUCAUGUUCCCCUCAAGAAAAAUAAUGUUUGCGAAUCAAGUUCAUCCAUUUUCUAUCUUUUGCUCCCUGUCAUUCCACAAAAGUAUGGCGGAUCGAUAUCUGUAGAUUGGAUGGUUAUUAGGAGAUGUUUGUCUUCCCCAAUUUUUGCACCUCUCGAUCACUUGGUGGAUACUUGUAUUUCUCUGGAUAGUUAUUUGCAUCUUGCUGAUGGACCUGUCAGUGUGAAUGAUAUUCUGAAUAGCUUAGUAUACGUGGCCCACAAGAAGUCAUUCUUCUUUGUUUCACAAAUUAUCCCUGACAAAAGCGGCUACAGUUUCCAUAACAGUUCUACAAGCCAUAUAGAGCACCUGAGUGAAAAGUUUGGGAUUCAUCUAACACACCCAGGACAACCUCUACUGCAAGCUAAACAACUCUUUUGCUUACACAACUUGUUGCAUGACCGCAUGAACGGGAAUUCAGAAUCAUGUGAACUAGACGAGCAUUUCUUCGAAUUACCACCUGAGCUUUGUGAAAUGAAGAUAAUUGGCUUCUCCAAGGACAUCGGGAGUACAUUGUCUCUGUUGCCAUCUGUCAUGCAUCGCUUGGAAAACUUGCUUGUAGCAAUUGAAUUGAAAGAUAUGUUAUCUAAGUCAUUUGCUGAGGGAACCGUGGUUACUGCUGAACGUGUUCUUGAAGCAUUGACUACCGAAAAAUGCCAUGAGCGCUUUUCCCUUGAGAGGCUUGAAGUUCUUGGCGAUUCUUUUCUUAAGUUUGCAGUGGGGAGACACCUGUUUCUUAAGCAUGAAGCUUUUGAUGAAGGGCAGUUGACUAGGAGGCGUUCAAAUUUAGUAAACAACUCAAAUUUAUGCAAGUUAGCUAUUAAGAAUAAAUUGCAGGGAUACAUACGCGAUCGAGAAUUCGACCCUAACCAGUUUUUUGCUCCUGGUCGGACCUGCUCUGUCAUAUGUACCAAUCAGACGGAAAGUUCAAUUCAUUGUGUUUCUGAAGUUAAUUUGAGUAAUGCGUUAGGUAAUCGUCAAGUGAGAUGCAGUAAGAAUCAUCAAUGGUUAACCAAGAAAACAAUUGCAGAUGUUGUUGAAGCACUGGUUGGAGCUUACAUAGUUGACAGCGGCUUUAAAGCUGCAAUUGCAUUCCUUAGGUGGUUUGGUAUUCAGAUUGAAUUUGAAGUUUCUCAAGUGUGUCAUGCUUGGACUGCAAGUUCCAGGUUUAUGUCACUUGCAGACCGCGUUAGUAUUCCUGAUAUUGAAGGUGUUUUGGGUCAUCGUUUUGUUCACAGAGGCUUAGUUCUGCAGGCAUUUGUGCAUCCAUCUUACAAUAAACAUGGAGGAGGUUGUUAUCAGAGAUUGGAGUAUCUUGGGGAUGCUGUGUUGGAUUACUUGAUCACGUCCUAUUUGUACUCAGUGUUCCCUGACCUGAAACCUGGCCAGUUGACUGAUUUGAGAUCAUCCCUUGUGAAUAACAACUCAUUUGCCCAAGCAGCAGCUAGUGCAUUGUACAAAUUCAUUAUAUGCGAGAAUAACAACAACCUAAGUAAUGCUGUUGAUAAAUUUGUGAACUUUAUCAGAAAGCCUGCUUCUGAAAGGCAUCUACUCGAGGAACCACCAUGCCCAAAGGCUCUUGGCGACUUGGUUGAAUCUUGUUUUGGGGCAAUUCUUCUUGACACAGGAUUUGACUUAAAUCAUGUGUGGAAGGUGAUGCACUCGUUUUUGAAUCCUAUCAUGAAAUAUGCUAAUCUGCAACUUAGUCCUAUAAGAGAGCUGUUGGAGCUAUGCCAAUAUCAUGGCUGGAGUUUGGAGUAUAUUGCUUCAAAGAGACAUAGAAGUUUCAUGGUUGAGGCAAUAAUUAAUGGAAAAAGUAUCCACUUCACCGCCUCUGCAAUGUAUCACAAUACUAAAGGAGCUAAGAGAAUGGCUGCGCAGCAAGCUAUUGAAAAACUGAAGGCUCAGGGUUACCGUCUGAAGACUAAAUCAUUGGAGGAGGUGCUAAAAAUGCUGCGCACUAUGGAAGCCAGGCUAGUUGGGUACGAUGAGAUGCCUCUAUCCGUUGUGUCUUCCAGCGAUUUGCCCCAUGUUGGAAAUUUGUGUUUGGAGGAACAUUCUAGUACCUGUGUGAAUCUAGAACUCUCUAUUGGAAAUUUGUCUUUGAAUGAUUAUCCACUUACCAACGGCCGUGCAAGUCCAGAGCCCAAUGUAUAUGAAAUGCCAACAAUUACUUCUAGUUCUCAGAGAAAUUCUACCAGAGCACCUAUUUCCUUUCCAAAGAGACAGCAAAAUAGUCAGUGCACUGAGGAUGUUAACUGUACUAUUGACUCAGAUGUGCAUGGUAGCCUGGGAAAAGUAACUGCAAAAUCACAAUUGAAUGAGAUCUGUGUUACAAACUGCUGGAAACAUCCCCUGUAUGAGUGUUGUAAAGAGGAAGGACCAAGCCAUUUGAAACUGUUCACUUUCAAGGUAGUGGUGGUAAUCGAGGACGCAGAAGAUGUGAUAUUGGAGUGCUUUGGUCAACCUCAGGCAAAAAAGAAAGCUGCAGCAGAAGAAGCAGCAGAAGGUGCACUUUGGUUGUUGAAGAGGGAAGGUUACAUUAAGUAAGAGCCGCACAUGAUGUGUACAGAAUGUGACAGAGAGAGAAGGAAGAUUUUGUAAAGAAAACUAAAGUCCAUUGGGCCUUAGAGAAUGAGGCCAGAGGAGGCCCAACUCUUUCAAGUAAAUGAUAAACAAAUAGUGUAUUAAUGUCGGUAGUAAAAGGCACUUGGUGCUUCCUAAAAUAGGUGCUUUGUGGUUGUAAGUUCUACUCCCUUCGUCCCUAGAAGAUUGCCUCGUAGAGCAAACUUCACUGUUGUAAAUUUGGGUGUAAAAUAUAUGGGCUGGUAAAUUGGGAUUGGGACAGUGUAGGACAAAAUAAAUAGGGAUUUUAAAAAAAGAAUAUGGGGCAAUCUUUUAGGGACGGAUGAAGUAACUUGUAAUUAGAAAGCUUAGCCGCUUAUGUAACAAAAAGACCUUUAGGCCUAAAGUCGUGGUCCAACUCUUUAUGUAAAUCAGACGCUUCCCACCAUAGUAUCACUGCUGUUUUUUGUACCGUCUUA